UGCCCACCGCCUUUCUUCAAUGCUGCGAACUUCACAAGUGGUGGUGGUUAUCUCCCGGGUCGAUAUUGUAACCCAAAGGGCUACUUCGACGGGAGCGAUUUACAGUGUUGCCUGCCCUGUCCAGCGACGGAUUGGGUCUACGCAGAUACCUUCAAGCAGUCCAUAUCGGCAUCGCAAUGGCUGAACGUCGCGGGCAUCGUCCUCCUGACCUUUCUCCUCUUCUCGCAAAUCGUCCUGCCGCCGCAGAAUCGGAGCAAUUACCUCGGAAUUUGCCUGACGGCCGCAGCACUCACCAUGUCGAUCGGCUUCGUGAUCCCGCUGGCGAGCAAAUCGGGCCAAUGCUACGAUCCCAUCACCCCGCACGAUAUGUGGUCGUCGAGGGCAUGUUUCGUCACGGGCGCUCUGGUCAUCGACGGGACGCUCUCGGUGCUCAGUUGGAUCCUGGUGCGAGCCAUCUCCAUGCAUCUCCAAGUCUGCUGGAACGUCGUGCCCGGGGCGCGCUUCUUCUGGGGCGCGCAGGUCGCAGCCUGGGGACUCCCGAUCCUCUUUGCGAACUUGACGCUCUACCUCAGCGGCGUGAGUUAUCGCUUCGGCAACGUCUGCUACCUCAACCACGAACACUCGCUGGUGUUCUGGACGCCGAUGAUGAUCAUCGGAGGCACCGCCUUCCUCCUCCAGAUCUGCACCUUCCUCUACUGCGCCCGCGUCUACCUCUCGACCGCGCGGCGCGGGGAGACGGCGACGACCAACGGCUCCGCUCUUGAGGAUCUCCGCUCGAACUACAUCCCCAACGUCUACCGGCGCAUCCGCGCCGUGUGCGUGCUACAGUGGCGGAGCAUGGCCCUCGUCAGCGUCGUCCUGCUCGAGCUCUCGCUCUUCUCCAUCCUGAUCUUCUUCCUCGACCGCGUGCAGCAGUUCCUGCGGGCCUUCCCGCAGCAGGUCGUGCCGUGGGUCCUGUGCAUCAUGCAGCACCCGACGGACAAGUUCCAGUGCACGCACCUGAUGGGCGGCAUCAUCGUGCGGGAGUCCCUCCCCGACGCGGCCAUCAUCCUGUUUUCGCUCGUGGGCAUCGUCGUCUUCUUGCUGCUCGUCCCGCCUUCCCUCUUCGUCGCCUGG